AUGCGGCGCGUCACGCAGCGAGGGCCACCGCUGGUGCUCUUGCUACCGUUGGCAUUGGGCGCCAGUGCAGUGGUCUGGCUCUACGGUCACUUUAUGUCAGCGCAGAGGAAGGCAGCUGACACGGUUUCCUUGGAGUUGUACGCCAUUCUGCCGCUCGAGCCGGAACCAUCAGUCUGGUCUCGCCUGCGGCGCCUCGUGCAGCCGACGACCAGCCCGCAGGACCUGGUGAGCAGCGUGCGGUUGGCGCCCGAUGGCCGGCUCAUAGGUUUCCACAGCACAGUGGCCCUCUACAACCACGCGCAGUUGAGCGCGCACGAACUGCAGCGUUUCCUGUCCCACCAGCUGCGCACGGUGGCAGCCAAAGCACCCCAAGCGCUGCGCCGCCGUAUUGCCGCCGUGUCAGUGGCCGCCAAGGAAAGGCUGCGCCACCUCUCGGCCGAAAUGAAAACCAUGGCGCACGAGACCGGCAUCCUGAAGCGAAAGCGCCAAGCACUGUUUCAGCUCAAGAACAAGGUACGUCGUGCCAUCGAUCGCAACCAGAACGGGGGCAACUGCUCACGGGCACUGGUGUGCCGACUUUCCAACCCUUAUGGCUUCUCUUCUGCCAUCCACGACGUGCUGUGGUGCCUAGCGCAGGGCGUUAGCCAGGGCCGGCCCGUUCUUGUCGACUCGCAGCCUUGGCACUACGCGCCUUCGGCCUGGCACGAGGCUUUCCAGCCACUGAGUUUCACCUGCCCCUCCAGGACAGAGCCACGCUCGCAAUGGCCCGGGGAGAACCUGUCGGCAAACCGCGCUGCCCUUCUCGAGCUUCCGCGAGACGUGGCCGACCCCCUGGUUGAACUGCACGGUGAUCCAUACGCCUGGUGGUUCGGUCAGCUGAUGGCCUACAUCAUGCGUCCUUCCAAGAGGUUGCUGGAGCUCAUCUCUCAAGCCAAGAGAAAGUUGCAGUUCCAAUCACCCAUUGUCGGGCUGCAUGUGCGUCGCACGGACAAGGAGAGCGAGGCGUCGUUCCAUGAAUCGGAGGAGUACAUGGAACACGCUGAGGCGUUCUUUGCCGCCGCGGGACCACACGUCCCUCGAAGGGUGUUCGUGGCUACGGACGAGCCGGACGUGUUUCACGAGCUGCGCCACAGGUUCGCCAACUACUCGUUCGUGGGCGACGAAGCGGCUUCGGCCGCGGCGCGGGAGCCCCGCACGCGCUACUCGCUGCGCUCGCUGCUGCCGCUGGCCAGGGACGUGCUGCUGCUGUCCGAAUGCGACCUGGUGGUGUGCACGCUCUCGUCGGGCGUCUGCCGCGUCGUCUACGAGCUCAUGCAGGCGCGACGCACUGAUGCCUCGGCGCAUCUGGUGUCGCUGGACGUUGACUACUUCUACGCAUUUGUCCAGUUCCCGGCAAGGAGGGUUAUCUACAGCCACCGACCCCUGCACCCGAAGGAGCUGUGGCUGCGAGAAGGGGACGCUGUGGAGAGGUUGGGCGACCACUCGGUCAUUGGCGAGGCACGCCGCAAGAAGUUCCUGGAUGGCGUCUCCGUUGGCACAUUGCCCGGCACCGUGCUUACUGGGCUCUACCCAACCUACAAGGCCGUGCCGCAGUUACGCGUUGCAGCCUCAAAGCUCACCUCAUAGACCUGACACCGUCCUUGGAAAUGAA